GAUCCGGACAGUUGAACUCGGCCGACAUUCAUCUUCAUUGUACUAUUUAUUGCUUGCAUCCUGAUACUUAUUGGCACUGAAAGCUUCCUUAUCAAUCAUCCAGGGAACAUACCUUAAAGCCACUCAAGAUGCCAGGAAACUACGGGGAUUACCAGAUGGAAAUCUAUGGCGAGGGCGCUUUCUUGGGCAAGGUGCCCAGUGUCACGACAGACCCUCGCCUCCUCGAGGAACAUGCACGCAAGGCAUUGGGCGCUCGUGCCUUCAACUACGUCUCUGGAGGAGCUGGAGAAAAGGCUACUAUGGACAGCAAUCGACUGGCCUUUCGUCAAUGGAAGCUAAUCCCAAGAAUGAACAUAUCGACGGAUCGCCAAGAUGUCUCAGUAAACCUCUUCGGCCAGGAAUACCCUAACCCGCUUAUCAUGGCACCAGUGGGCGUCCAAGGCAUCUUCCACGAAGACAAAGAAACCGGGUUAGCAGAAGCGUGUGCGGAUGUUGGUGUUCCGUAUACUCUCAGCACAGCCAGCACAAGCACCAUCGAAGAAGUGGCAGCGGCUAAUGGGGAUGGGAAGAGAUGGUUUCAACUCUACUGGCCAUUCGACAACGAUAUAACUCUAUCAUUGCUGAAGCGCGCAAAGGAAAACGGGUACUCGGUUCUCGUGGUGACAUUGGACACUUGGUCUCUUACCUGGCGACCAGCAGACCUAGACAAUGCCUAUAUCCCUUUCCUUAAAGGCAUCGGGGUCCAGGUGGGCUUUAGUGACCCAGUAUUCCGUGCCAAGUUUGAAAAAUCUACAGGUACAAAGGUAGAGGAUGAUAUUCUCGGGGCAUCUCGGGCGUGGAUUGGGGAUGCUUUCCCUGGAAAGCCACACACCUGGGAUCAGGUUGCCUUUUUGCGGAAACACUGGGAUGGUCCGCUUGUGCUCAAAGGCAUCCAGCAUGUAGGAGAUGCCAAGUUUGCACUUGAGGCUGGUUGUGACGGAAUAGUUGUCUCGAACCAUGGAGGUCGACAAGUCGACGGCGCUAUUGGCUCGUUGGAGGUUCUUCCCGAGAUUGUCGACGCCGUCGGUGAUAAAAUGACGGUCCUCUUUGACUCCGGAAUCCGUACUGGAGUCGAUGCCAUCAAAGCUCUAUGCCUCGGGGCAAAAGCAGUUCUCGUUGGCAGGCCUGUGAUAUACGGACUCGCCAUUGGUGGGAAAUUAGGGGCUAAAUCCGUGUUGAGAGGCCUGCUGGCAGACCUCUGGCAGAGCAUGAGCUUAUCUGGGAUUACCACAGUCGCUGAUUGCAAUCGAGAAAAGUUGCGGAAGGUUCUAUAUGGAGGAGAUCUCAAGGCUAUGAUGUAAAAUUCGUUGGCUUGCAUUCCUGGGUUUGCGCGUGAUCAUGCUCUCUCAGCUUUUUGGGUGGCUGUAACACUGUCUGCGCCUUCACCGUCUCCGCCCUGUAUCUAAGACUGUUUGAACAUUCCGAAAUAAUAUAUUGUCAAUAAUCCCUGACUUGCAGCCUUCAACAACGGACGCGCCCC